AUGAGGAAGCCCGACGGGAAGAUCGUACUUUUGGGGGACAUGAACGUGGGCAAGACGUCGCUGCUGCAGAGGUACAUGGAGCGGCGCUUCCCGGACACGGUCAGCACGGUGGGCGGUGCCUUCUACCUGAAGCAGUGGCGCUCCUACAACAUCUCCAUCUGGGACACUGCAGGGCGCGAGCAGUUCCAUGGCCUGGGCUCCAUGUACUGCCGGGGGGCGGCCGCCGUCAUCCUCACCUACGACGUGAACCAUGCUCAGAGCCUGCUGGAGCUGGAGGACAGGUUCUUGGGCCUGACGGACACGGUCAGCGCCGACUGCCUCUUCGCCGUCGUGGGAAACAAGGUGGACCUGAGUGAGGAGGGGCCCGGGGAGGGCGGCCAGGAAGGAGGGCAGGGCCCUGGGCCGGCUGGCGGUGGUGGCUGUGCCGCCCCCAGGCUGCCGAAGCAGGUGCAGCCAGAGGACGCGGUGGCCUUUUACAAAAAGAUCCUCCAGUACAGGAUGCUGGACGAAAAGGACGUGCCGGCCGCGGAGCAGAUGUGCUUCGAGACCAGCGCCAAGACCGGGCACAACGUGGAUCUGCUGUUUGAAACCCUGUUCGACAUGGUGGUGCCUGUGAUCCUGCAGCAGAGGGCCCAGGGGCUGUCGCAGACCGUGGACAUCGCCAGCUCCAGGCCGCCCGCACAGGCUGGAUCUGGGUGCUGCGCCUGA